AUGGCUAUGCAAAUACAAGUCGACACAGCGAGUUCAACGCAGGACUUAUCGUCAACGGUGUCGUACGCAUUUCUGGGGAGCUCUUCGGGCGGCGUUCUAUCGCUGGACCAAUCCCAGAUCCUCUCUACAACAGCUAUUUCUGGUCGUCCUAGGUACACAAGAUCGGACCUCGAAAGCGGUGGUUCUGAGUCGAUAUCUGCGACUCCUACAUCGGGUUCCGGAUCAUCUCACACGAACGCGUCGUCAGCGUCUUCGUCUUCAAGCAUAUCCACUGGGACCACAAGCACCACGGGUUCGACCUCAGCAUCGCCAUCUUUACAGCCUUCCAACGGGGUGGGAAGUUGCAAUGGGUCCAAGAAUUGGAAAAUGGGCGCCGUCUUAACGCUUCUGACGGCGUUCGGAGCGUUAACGGUAUAA